GGCCGCCAGCCCCACACGGCCGCCAGCCCCGCUCCGCGGCCAGCCCCGCUCCGCGGCCAGCCCCACACGGCCGCCAGCCCCACACGGCCGCCAGCCCCACACGGCUACCAGCCCCGCUCCGCCGCCGGCCCCGCUCCGCCACCAGCCCUGCCCGCGCAACUUCGGCUCGCCGGCAGCCUGGCGCUGCCGCCGUGCGCUCCUCCUGCCCUCUGCCCGGCGCAUAGCGCUGCCAGGCGGCUCCUGAUCGGGAAAGCUGGAAAGAAGGAAAGCUGGCUGGAAUGAUGGGGAUGUAUUUAACGAUUCGAGUUCUGGAUCAAACUUAAAGUCAGUUUCUUGCUCGGUGCGCUGGAAAGGUCACCUUGUCUUGCUGGAAAAGAAGAAAACUCUCAGCUCUGCUGCUUUUGGUGUAACAGCUUCCACGUGCAUUCCUAAAUGUUCCUAACUAGUUAGGCUGUCGGGCUUUACACACGAGUAUACUCAUGGUAGAUGAGAAAGGAAAGAACAUGAAAUGUCUCACCUUCUUCUUGAUGCUUCCAGAGACGGUCAAAAACAGGUCUAAGAAGAGCUCUAAGAAAGGAAAUAGCAGCGGCAGUAGCAACAGCAAAUUGCCUCCAGUUUGCUAUGAAAUCAUUACCUUGAAGACCAAAAAGAAGAAGAAGAUGGCUGCUGAUAUUUUUCCCCGAAAGAAACCAGCUAACACUAAUACAACUGCUGUCCAGCAGUACCAUCAGCAAAAUCUCAAUAACAACAACACUAUUCCUGCACCUAAUUGGCAAGGACUUUAUCCAACCAUCAGAGAGAGAAAUGCAGUGAUGUUCAACAAUGACUUGAUGGCAGAUGUUCAUUUUGUGGUCGGGCCACCAGGUGGGACCCAGCGGCUGCCGGGACACAAAUACGUCCUGGCUGUUGGGAGCUCUGUAUUCCACGCGAUGUUUUACGGAGAGCUUGCUGAGGACAAAGAUGAAAUCCGUAUACCAGAUGUUGAGCCUGCUGCUUUUCUUGCAAUGCUGAAGUACAUCUAUUGUGAUGAGAUCGAUUUGGCUGCAGACACUGUCCUGGCCACUCUUUAUGCUGCCAAGAAGUACAUUGUUCCUCACCUGGCCCGCGCCUGCGUCAACUUCCUCGAGACGAGUCUGAGUGCAAAGAAUGCCUGUGUGCUGCUCUCCCAGAGCUGCUUAUUCGAGGAACCGGACCUGACCCAGCGCUGCUGGGAAGUGAUUGAUGCCCAAGCUGAGCUCGCUUUGAAGUCUGAGGGGUUCUGUGACAUUGAUUUUCAGACACUUGAAAGCAUUCUCCGAAGGGAGACUCUGAAUGCCAAAGAAAUUGUUGUUUUCGAGGCAGCUCUGAACUGGGCUGAAGUGGAGUGCCAGCGCCAAGAGCUGACGGCCACCAUAGAGAACAAGCGCAAGGUGCUGGGCAAGGCUCUCUACCUGAUCCGCAUCCCUACCAUGGCCCUCGACGACUUCGCCAACGGUGCUGCUCAGUCCGGAAUCCUGACUCUCAACGAAACCAAUGACAUCUUCCUGUGGUACACGGCUGCCAAAAAGCCGGAGCUGCAGUUUGUCAGCAAGCCCCGGAAGGGCCUUGUCCCUCAGCGCUGCCACCGCUUCCAGUCCUGCGCUUACCGCAGCAACCAGUGGCGCUACCGGGGCCGCUGUGAUAGCAUCCAGUUUGCUGUUGAUAAGAGAGUGUUUAUUGCUGGCUUUGGGCUCUACGGCUCCAGCUGUGGGUCGGCAGAGUACAGUGCCAAGAUUGAACUGAAGCGACAAGGGGUUAUCCUGGGCCAGAACUUGAGUAAAUACUUCUCGGAUGGUUCUAGUAACACUUUUCCUGUGUGGUUUGAAUAUCCAGUGCAGAUUGAGCCUGACACCUUUUACACAGCAAGCGUGAUUCUGGAUGGUAACGAACUCAGCUAUUUUGGACAAGAAGGAAUGACAGAAGUUCAGUGUGGGAAGGUGACUGUUCAGUUUCAGUGUUCCUCGGACAGUACAAAUGGCACGGGGGUACAGGGAGGGCAAAUUCCCGAACUCAUAUUUUAUGCUUGAAUGGGAGUGUGUGGCUGCAAAGCAUUUUGCUAUGAAGAACCUGUCUGGUUCAGGCCUACUGACACUUAGCUUUUUAUCUGCAGAUAUGUGAUCAGUACAGGGAAUAGGUAACUAAAUGCUGUGGGCAAGUUCCUGGCUUGCUGUACUUGUAGCAUCGUUGGUGAUUAAGUGUAAUAUUUAAACUGGAAGCUCUUAGAAACAAGCGAGUUUUAAAGGCUUUGUAAGAGGGGUGCCUGUUUGCUGGUGAUGCUGACCUUUUCUUUGAUGCACCUGUGAAUCACCAGAGGAUGUCCCCCUCUUGUAUCUCACUAAACAUUGUCUUCAUUGAUCUGUUUUCUCUUUCUCCAUUUUCUGCUUUCUGCUUGUAUUGGGGAGGUAGGGAUAGAAAAUGAAGAGCUUUGUUUUAUAGCUCUCUCUGCUGUCUGCUCUGCAGACUUUGGAGAUUCCAGUAAACCAAGCUGCUUUUGACAACAGGGGCUGAAAGAAGUCCUUCAGUUAUAAGCAGAAAAAGCGCAAGUUUAAACCUUUAUCCUGUGAGAUUCUCCUGCAGCCAGUUGUUUGGGAUGGCUCCAGGGGAAUAUGGGGAGAAGGAAGCAUCUUUGAGGAAGCUCCAGGGCAUGCUGACCAUGUCCCCAGUGCAUGGACAUGCUCACAGUGAGGAAGGGAUGUAGGCUUGGCUAGUUACCCUUGGAGUUCAUUUUCUAGGAAUCCCACCAUGAAGGUGAGGAAGUACUUGCACAUGUUCAAAUUGUAUAUGCAGCUCUUGAAACUCUACUCCCAUGACCCAGCUUUGGCUAUGUCAGACUUGAUUCUUUAAAUGGCACUUCUCUGAACCCUUGCUAAAUAAAUGGGAAUUAAUACCAAUCAUCUGAUGCAGGAUAAUUUUUUGUUUGUUUUGGGUGGCUUGUUUUUCUUCCUAAAAACAUGGUAGAGGCAGAUUUUAGACGAACAAAAGAAUGUAUCAAUCUUGACUUCGAUUUUUUUCUGUAAUAUGAGGGGGUUUUUUUCUUUUUAUUACCAGUUGAAAUUUAGACAAAGACAGAAGAUUCUCAGCUGUGGUCAUACUACACUUAGUGUAUGUUAUCAGAUAGCAGUGAGGGGGAAGAAGUCUCCUCUAAUGUGUUAUUGUUGGAGCUCUUGCAACUGCUUAUGGUUACACAUCAAUCAGAGGAUUAUGUGGUAUGGAACCUUUUCCUUGCCUGAGUUUUUUUCCCCCCAAACUUCCUGUUACAUGUCUGUACCAUUUUUGCAAAAGUAUGAGGGAUACUCCUUGUAUGAGGGAAGGAAACCAGUAUAAAUAAGAACUACAGGUACUACUUAAACAUAAGAAAAUCCUUCAUCACUGCACUGGGACAGUUGUUCCUCAAAGGCUACGCUGCCCAUUGUAAAGCAUCUCAUUCUUGCUUCACCUCCGAAGUGGGUUCUGUUUGUUGCGUACGUUUUAACAAAAGGAGAGGACCAAAUGAUUCUUUAGACUGGCUGAAGAUUAAUGUUACAGUAUAUCAACACAUUAACGUAGCAUAACCCUAAAUUCACUUGUCAGUUCUGUAAUAAAAAUGUUUUUCUCAUAUGAUUUCUUACCAGUUUAAUACUAUUACUCUAAGUGUUGCUUGACGGUUGGAAUACUGGCCCGUGGCCAUCGGAAAGUGCCAAUACAUCUUUGCAGUGUCCAAAAUACCAUCUGAAGUAAGGAAAACUGGAGUGUAGUCAUCAAACACUUUAUGGCCAAAGCCCAGAUCUUCUUUCUAGGUAAUGAAAAGAGAGCCAGGUAAAAAAGUACCCUGCAGGAUUUAUGCCUUUCACCCAUCUUAGCGUUUAAUGUUUUAUAUACACACAUACAUGUGUGUGUAAGCAGUGCUCUUUCUGAAAUGUAAAUACCCUCAAAAUACAUAGAAAAAGGUUUUGUUUUUUGUAACAGAUGUACAUAAUCCAGACUGCUCGUGAAAUCUAAACAGAAUGCUCCAUGGAAAACUCCCAGAGAGAGAUUUAAAAAAAACUCUAGUCAUUUAUAUUUAGAUCUGCAGCUGAAAAUAGGCAAGAGUAUAAAUGGUAUGGAGUGGAGAAAGAGUUGCUGAAGAGAUCGUAAAAAAGAAUCUGAGAUUGUGAUGAGGUAAUGGUCAUUUACUUUUAGACAACAUCUGAGCGGCAGUUCCAUUUAUUUAGAUAAAUUUCAAAGCAGAGAAAGAUGCUAAUCAGCUGAUUAAGUUUUCUUACAGCAAGUGGCUGAUGCAGACGUAAUUACACUGAGUGAUGAUCAGAUUGACAAGUUGUGGUAGCAAGCUGCAUUCCAAUUUGGUUGGUAAAAAACCCAUGUGCCACAGCUGGUGGGACAAGUCAGAGAGUGCUGCGUUGGUGUAACUAGUCUCGGGUUCUCAGUUUUAAUUUAUUCUUUGUUUUGACUUACCUGCAAACAAACGUGACGUAUCUGCUACGUUCACUGGCUGGAAGAGAAGUUCAGAGAUCAGAAUACUCUGUAGCUGUAAUACGUAGAAAAUGAGCUGUUACUUAAUUAUUGUUCUUAUUUGAUUCUUUUACGAAGUCUUUUUGAUGAAGUAGGAUGAAAACAGCCUCUAGCUUAAUUCCUCUGAGUCCAUUCCAGGUUUUAGGAGCUGGUGCAGGGAAAGGUUUCCAGUGUGGGUCAUCAAACAAAGGCACCCAAAACACCUUUUGAUGCUCACAGUGUGACUUGCUUCUGAGCACUUCGUGAUGCUAACAAGUACUGGGAUGUAAGAAGGUGAGCAGUGCCACUCACCUUAGGACAUCAGAGCACUUGAGUAGGUGUCUGAAUGUGGAUUUGGUCGGUUUAGCAGAAGCACCCAAGCUUGAAUACAUUGAUUGACAUUUCGCAAGCAUCAGCCAUAUAUAUCAGCCUGGAAUGUAAACGUCAUGUCAAUAGAGAUCACCUCGCAGAUUCUGUCUAAACUGUUCCUGGCUGUGUUUGCUACUUGUAUCUUUGAUCUGCUGGUGAGAGGAAUCUGUGAUAAGAGAGUAUAAUGUAAUAUACUUUCUGCAUAUCUAAAAUAGUAUUUAAGUAAACAUUUUAAUUUCUACACACUUAUUGCACUGAACUGGUUUGGGUUUUGUUUUUUUGUUGUGAUAAACUCGGCUCACUUCAGGUCCCAGCACCCAUUUGUGCUGAAGCAGUGUUUGACCUUAGCAGGCUUACAGCAUUAUUUAUAAAGGACAGAUAUAUAUAAAUAUAUGAAGUACCUCAUGUUGAAUGUUAUUGUACUGUAUCUUUAAUGUCACAGUGCAGAUCUUGUUGGACUCAUGAAUGUGUAUAAUCGCGUUAAACAUAAAAAUAAAAAUGAUUCUUAAA